AUGGCUUCUGAUUUAGAUAUUGAUUCCGUGCUUUCGCAAUUGAGCCUUGACGAGAAGAUAAAGCUCAUCUCCGGUAUUGAUUUUUGGCACACCGCCAAAAUCGAGCGUCUGGGUGUUCCCAGUUUGAGAUUUUCAGAUGGUCCCAACGGUGUUAGAGGAACGAAGUUCUUCAACGGUGUUCCAGCCGGUUGUUUCCCUUGUGGAACUGCGUUGGGUGCUACUUUCUCGAAGGAGUUGCUUGAAGAGGCAGGUGCAUUGAUGGCUAAGGAAGCCAAGGCCAAGGCGGCCUCUGUGAUUCUUGGCCCAACCACCAACAUUGCCCGUGGACCAAAUGGAGGUCGUGGAUUUGAGUCUUUCAGUGAGGAUCCAAUCUUGAACGGACUGUCUGGUGCUGCCGUUAUCAAGGGUAUCCAGGACAAUGGAAUUGCUGCCACCAUCAAGCACUUUGUGUGUAACGAUCUGGAAGACAACAGAAAUGGUGUCAACUCAAUUGUUUCGCCAAGAGCUCUUAGAGAGAUCUACUUGUUGCCGUUCCAAUUGGCUGUCAGAGACUCGCAGCCAGCUGCUUUUAUGACUGCUUACAACUUGGUGAACGGUGAGCACUGCUCGCAAUCCAAGUUCCUUUUAGACGAUGUCCUCAGAAAGGAGUGGGGCUUUGAUGGUACCGUUAUGUCCGACUGGUUCGGUGUGUACGAUUCCAAGAGCUCCAUCAAGGGUGGUCUGGACAUUGAGAUGCCUGGUCCUCCAGCCUGCAGAGUUCCAUCUACCGUUACUCUCGGAGUCAAGACUGGUGAAAUUCACAUCAACGAACUCAAUGCCAGAGUUAGAAAUGUGUUGAAGCUGGUCAAGUGGUGUGGCAGAUCGGGUGUCAAGGAAACUGACCCUGAGACCGCUAGCAACAACACCCCAGAGACUGCUGCGCUUCUCAGAAAGAUUGGCCGUGAGUCCAUUGUUCUUUUGAAGAACGAGAAGGAGGGACUUUUGCCAUUGAAGCCAACCGAAAAGAUCGCUGUGAUUGGCCAAAAUGCUAAGUAUGCUGCGUACUGUGGUGGUGGAUCUGCUUCCUUGUAUGCCUAUUACACCACUACUCCUUUCGAGGGUAUCAGCUCCAAGCUGGACUAUGAUCCGGCCUACGCUCUUGGUUGUCAGACCUACAAGAACCUGCCUGCUCUCGGUGACAAGCUGGUCCGCCCAGACGGAUCUAAGGGUUACACAAUCAAGGUUUACGGAACUGAAGAAGCAGAUGGUGAGCUGAUUGAGACCUUAGACCUUACCACCUCUUACAUGUUGCUUUUCGAUUACCUUCACCCAAAGAUCAAGAACGACUACUUCUUCUUCCACAUUGAAGGUAAGUUGACCCCAGAGGAAGACGGAACUUACAUUUUCGGUCUUUCUGUUUCAGGUACUGCUCAGCUCUUCGUUGAUGGUAAAUUGGUUGUCGACAACAAGACCAAGCAGACAGUGGGUCAAUCGUUCUUCGGAUCGGGAACUAUUGAACAAACUGGUACCAUUGAUUUGAAGGCGGGUCAGACUUACGAUGUGAAGAUCGUCUUUGGUUCUGCUCCAACCAUGACUGUCAGGAAUGAGCAUGCUCAGGUCCUGCAGGGUGCUGGUGGUCUGCAGUUCGGCUUCGACAGAGUCAUUUCUGCUGAAGAAGAGAUUCUCAAGGCUGUGGAGGUUGCCAAGCAGAACGACAAGGUUGUUCUUUGUGUUGGUCUCAACCAGGAAUUUGAGAGUGAAGGUUUCGACAGACCACACCUGAAAUUGCCUGGUCUGACUGACAGGUUGGUCGAGGAGGUGCUCAAGGCCAACCCCAACACUGUCAUUGUCAACCAGACUGGUACCCCAGUUGAGAUGCCAUGGGCUGACAAGGCUCCAGCUGUUUUGCAAGCCUGGUUUGGUGGUAACGAAGGUGGUAACGCUAUUGCUGAUGUACUAUUCGGUGAUUACAACCCUUCGGGAAAGCUUUCUCUUUCGUUCCCACUCAGAUUCCAGGACAACCCAGCCUACCUCAACUUCAAGUCUAACAACAACCAAUGUCUUUACGGUGAAGACGUAUACAUUGGUCACAGAUACUACGAGGCCAUUGACAGACCUGUUCUGUUCCCAUUCGGUCACGGUCUGUCCUACACCAGCUUUGAAUUGUCGGACUUCUCCGUCAAGAAAACCGAAUCUGACAUCAAGGUUAGCCUUAAGGUCAGUAACGUCGGCAAGAUUGAUGGUGCUGAGGUUGUUCAGGUCUAUGUUGCACCUACUGCUCCUGCGAUUACCCGUCCACCAAAGGAGUUGAAGGACUACACCAAGGUCUUUGUUCCUGCCGGUGAGAGCAAGACUGUUGAGAUCAGUGUUCCACUCAAGUAUGCCACCGCUUACUUUGAUGCCUACCAGGAGCAAUGGUGUUGCCAGGCUGAUAAAUACGAGAUUCUGGUUGGUACUUCUUCUGACAAGACUGUGUCUGCUGGAUCUAUUGAGAUCGAGAAGACUUUCUUCUGGUCUGGUGUUUAA